AUGGAGCCUACUCAAUCGAUACAUAAACCCAUUUUGGAUCCGAAUACAGUGCAAGAAUUGGAAGCAUUACGGGGGAAGCUGUGGUCCUUGCAAGAAACAUUGGCCACUCAAAUUACUUAUUUGAAGGAACCCAAGUUUCCAUUCACAUGGCCCGAUCUACUCAAUAAAUUCAACAUGCUUACUGCGAAAUUCGCGUCGCUUUCAGAAGACUUUUACAGCUAUACAGAAGCAGGGAGUAACGCGACCUUGCCCAAACUCAUGCUCCACCCUUUUAUUCCCACCACGACCGAACAAGAAACCAACAUUCUCAGUGUAUUACUACGAACCAAACUGAUUCCCGAUAUUGAAAAGCUGGAAGAAGAGACUCGAGCGGCUCUUGCCCAAGAAUUACAACAACCUACGGAUACACAGAAUCAUACCAAUAUGGAAGAUGAACAACUGAUCAAAUCACGGUUGGACCAAUGGACCCAACUGCAACAACGGCACGAUCGAUUAGGCGUAGACGCCACCAAUUUCGUGAAUCAACUGAUCAAUGAUCAUCGGGAUUCAUUUCUUCAGCGCUACGAAGACGAAGAGGAAGACGAAGAAGAGGAAGGAGAGGACGCAGCAAUGGAAGAACCGCCCAAGGAAUGGGAAAAAAUGGGAUUCCCUUCGGAAGACGUAUGGCGAAAAUAUAAGCUUGAAUGCAUGAUGUCGUUUUACAGUAAUGGAAAGGAUGAAGUACCAGGAAGCGAUUUAAAGAAACUUGCCGUGCCUAAACCAGCUUAA